AUGAAUAAAAAUUCAACAAGGAGGAGGUAUGGGAGUUUCUUGAUAAAAGUAACAAAUCUGAAUAUGAAGACAAAGAAGUGGAUGGAAACGAGAGUGACAAAACCUGUUUAUUGCAAGGAUGACUUUUUUGAUUCACUUUCUUGCAAUCCCCUUUAUCGCGAGUCUGGGAGAGGAAAGGUGAAGUUAGCUGAACAAAGGAGAUUAGAUACUGAGACAUUUGGUGAGUUUCAAAGGCAUCAACUUGGUUGUAGCAUCCAUGGUCCAGGCAGGGUAGGACGAUCAAGGGGCUCCUAUCGUGGAAGGGGUUAUGGCCAUGCAGAACGGGGCCGUGGGCGGACUGUUUGGUGUCGUGUCACUUAG